AUGAGUAGAGCGUCUGAUUCUGUGAUUGAUCUAAAAGAUGGUAGCAGGCUGAUCAAAUCACUAAGCUCUGAUGGAUUCCCAUACUUCACUGAAAAGACUAAUGAUGAUACAGAAGAAAUUCACUCCACUACUACAGCUGCAUUACUUAGAUAUAAUUCCUUAGUUUCAGGAGAUAAUGAAACAGAAUCGUUUUCUGAAACUGAAUCAGGAUCUCAAAAUAAAGAGUAUCUCAAUGACGUUAAACUAGUCCAAUAUGAUCCAAGUGAAAAACCUCAAAGGUUAGGCAGACCACGGAAACAUUUGGGUUCUAAAUCUAUGAUAGUAGAGGAUUCUUCUUCCGAUAAUUACAACCAAUCAAUUAUUUCAAAAUUUCGGCUUGAUUCUAAACCAUUAGAAGGACCAGGCUCAAGAGGAGGAAUAAAAUCGAGAAUAAGUCCUAAGGGUAAAGUUACAUCACUGAUACUAAGGAAAAGAAAGCAACAAUCAGUACUUAGUUUUAGCGUUGAUGAAUCUAAGAACGUCAAGCCUAAUAAAACAUCAACUGUACCUUUGAAUGAAGGAUCUGAUACUCCCAAAGAUAUAUUAGAUGAUUUACAUCCAAAAUCAGAUAAAUCUAAAAGUCCAAAUACAGAUCCUAUAAUUGAAAUCCCAAGGGUGGCGGGGUCAGCUAAUAUGGAGAAGAAAGCAAGAACGUAUAAACGCAGGGCCAUAUCAAAUAUAAAUACAAUGAAAACAAGUAGAACCACUUUUGUUAACAAUAGAAACAAAAAUUCCAGACAGUUACCAGGUCCCUUGAUAUCUUUAAAUUAUGCUUUAUACGAUGAAAAUGCUUUACAGGCCCAACAGAAUGAAAAAGCUGCGGCUGAGAAAAUUGCCUUAGGGUAUCCUGUAAAGGCCUCUAGGAUUGCAAGUCAUAUUGUUUUCAUAAUAUCAUUCUUAAACAAAUUUAAGUCCUUAUUGGAGGUCAACGGUAUCGGACCACAAACCAUAGAAAGAGGUUUAGGCUUAACCUCUCAAGAAGAUGAUUCGUCACCUAAUUCAGAUUCCAUUUCUAUUGAGAUGAAUUACCUAUUCCUAAAACUUAUGGGAUUAAUUCUUAAUAGAAAAAAGACAAUAACAUCACAUUCCAAGGCAAUCGUGGAGCUAAAAUCAUUGGUUUCAUCUUUAGGUUUACCUAAAGAAUGGAAGAAACAACCAAAUGAUAAAGCUAAAGAGAAUGAACCGUUUUCAGAGCCAGUCGAUUUACAAAAGCCAUACAUUCAUUACGAUUCUACUUUCGACUCUGAUGAAGAGAGUAUUAGGUACAACCCAUUCGUUGAUCCCGAAUUUGAAUCCAAAGGACUAAGCGGUAUACAUGAUCCAUUUGACAGACUUAUAUUGUUAAAGACACUUGUUCAAUGGACACUUACAUCUUCCAAUGCUGUUAAAUUGUUCAUUUCCAAUAGUGUGUUGAAGCAAGAUGUACCUGGUGACAAGGACACUUACUAUGCUUCCAGAUCAAUUUUAAAAGGCUUUAAAAACACCGAAGUAACUAAGAAGGAAGCAGAAGCCAAACUUGCCAAAAGAAAAUCAUCAGAUGAUGAUACAAAGUAUGUUGAUCCAACUUCUAAUCCUCUUGAUCAUACUAUGAAUAUUAGAAUUUUAGAAGAAAUAUGCGGAGAUAUUGGAUUUCAGGUAGGCAGAUUUUACUUAUGCCGUAUGGCUGACGAAUCAAAUGGUGGUUUAGCAUCAAUUAAAAAAAUGAGGACUGCGUGGUCUGGAAAUGUGAUGUCAAGCCAUUUACCAUCCGAGUUUAAAAUAUAUGUUCAAGAUGUGUAUCGAACGUUAGUUGAAUGUCUUGCAAAUGCGGGUAUUGAAUUUGAUGAAAGUGGAGAAGAAGUCAAGAGUAGCUCGCAAAAUUCUAAUGUUGAUGAUUUAUGGUACGAAGUUGCCAGUAAUGGUGCAGAGCUUUCUACGUUUGUUGAGUAUUUAGCAAAACGCUUGGGAAUCGACUCUCACGUACGUGAUGAUGAUUCUAUUCCUAUGACAAGUAUGAUCUAUAAACCAACGUUGUAUUUAUAUGAAUACUUUGCUGCUAUGUUGCCAUUAAUUAUUAAACAGGAGACCAUGCCUCCUGAAACACAAAUUGGUGACAAGAGAAGUUCAAGAAAGCAAACAAUUAAUUACAGUGAUAAAGCUGCUAGCCGUUUGUAUGAAGAAUACAUGGAAACUGAUGAAUUUGUGGAAGGAAAUGGAGAUGAAGAUGAUGACUACGAAGAAAGUGAUCUUGAGGAAGUAGAACAAAUGGAUAAAGAAGAAGAUGUGGACUACAUAGAUUAA